UCAGGUCCGGUUGUAUUUCCUGUUGGCUGGCUCUCUGGUGCUUGACACAGCUUUUCUGUGCACGGCCGCGCAUCCCUGGACGGAACAGUGAGGAGAAAACUCAAAGGACGUGGAGACACGCUGGUAGAGAGCAGCUCAGUGGACGUUAUUUACACGUGAAGAGUCACGGAGAGACCAAAAAGUCUCGGUUCUUCUUCGGGACUCGAGCGGACGCACAGCCCCCUUGAAGCUGUGGUUGGAAGGGGCGACUUGUUUUGAAGUUUGUUUUGAAUUUCAGACUUUUGACACUGUUAUCCAGUCGCACAAACUAAUGUCGUCGGACUAGUUUAGGAAAGUGACAGCUGCUGAUCACAGUGGGAUCGUCUCAUGUCCUGGAAGGACCUCUAGUACACCUCGUGUCUGUGGAGACUCACGUAGGCACAGCGGAGCGUUGCAGGAGGUCUUCUUGAUGCACAAGUGAGAAAAGCAUUGAGUGAUUUUUCUGGACCUCAGCUGCAGUCAGAGAAUACUUUCAUCGGGAGAGAUCCCCAAAGAGGAAAGUUCGAUCAUCAUCAUCGUCACUGUGCUUGGACUAUGUUGAUGAAGGAGUACCGCAUCUGCAUGCCUCUCACAGUGGAGGAGUACCGGAUCGGCCAGCUGUAUAUGAUCAGCAAACACAGUCAUGAACAGAGUGAACGUGGAGAAGGUGUGGAGGUGGUGCAGAAUGAGCCUUAUGAGGACCCAGAGCACGGAUCGGGCCAGUUCACAGAGAAACGGAUCUACCUUAACAACAAGCUCCCCAGUUGGGCCAGAGCAGUGGUCCCCAAGAUCUUCUAUGUCACAGAGAAGGCUUGGAACUAUUACCCAUACACUAUCACAGAGUACACGUGCUCCUUCCUGCCCAAGUUUUCCAUCCACAUUGAGACCAAAUAUGAGGACAACAAAGGGAACAAUGAUAAUAUCUUUGGCAGUGAGCCUAGAGAAGAGGAGAUGGAGGUGUGUUUGUUGGACAUCGCCUACGAUGAGAUCCCCGAGCGCCACUACAAGGAGUCGGAGGACCUUCGGUAUUUUAAGUCAAAGAAGACGAAUCGGGGGCUUCUGCAGGAAGGAUGGCUCGACACCCAGGACCCCAUCAUGUGCUCCUACAAACUGGUCACUGUCAAAUUUGAAGUCUGGGGCCUGCAAACCCGUGUGGAGCAGUUUGUACACAAGGUGAUCCGAGACGUGCUGCUUUUAGGACACAGGCAGGCCUUUGCCUGGGUGGAUGAGUGGAUUGACAUGACCAUGGAUGAAGUAAGAGAGUACGAGCGUGCCACGCAGGAAGCCACCAACCUGAAGAUUGGCACUUUCCCCCCUACCAUUUCCAUCUCAGAGAACCCCCUGCCAUCUAGCACCCGCAGCGGACCCAACAGCGCCCCGUCCACUCCCCUCUCCACCGAAGCCCCUGAUUUCCUGUCAGUGCCCAAAGAGCGACCCCGGAAGAAGUCAGCUCCAGAGACCUUGACCCUGCCUGAUCCAGGCCGCAGGGAUUCACUCUUCAAGCUUCCAAGCUUUUUCUCCUGGAACUCCAGUCCGCAACCAGAAUGAGAGCGGGGCUAAGCCGCUGUUAAACACCCCUGACCUGCGUAUUAGUGGAGGAUGCCUACCCAGCACAUCCUGCAAUGUUCCCUCAGCCAUCUGAAGAAGAAGUGACUGUCCCGGUGAUCCCAGCCCCUCAGCCGACUCGCCGGCGUUCCAGCAAAGCCAACAGCUCUCAGACUGCCUUUACAGGUACAGCUAGGCAUCCACAGCAAGGCCCGCCAAGUGUAAAGGUGUAGUAAAUCCCAGCGAGAGUCCAACAAAAGCACCUGCAGGCUCCUCAUCCUUUACUUCUCCUUAGAAAACAGCCAGUCUGCACCUUUCAUUAAUCAGUAUGGAGUCCAAUUAGCCUGACUGAGUGUAGCAUACAUUCCUGAAAUCGUUUUAUCCCACAGAGUGUCACCUUGUUUUCAUCCAAGCUCAGGGUGUGUUGGUGAAAAGAUAUCUAGAGACUCAGUGCACAUAAACUUAACAUUUGUUAUCUGCUUUAUCUUUAAACAUCUCUGGCUUUGUUCAUUUAUUUGGUAACUGAAUUAUGUAGUUGGGACUCUUGUUGGCCACUGUAACAGUCGAGUAUUAUGGUUUUCACAGUCAGAUGUAAGGUGAUUGUGUAUUCUUGUAUAUACUGUAUGAAAAAUAUAAAUGUGACUAAUUCAAAAAGAAUAUCAUAUCAAGUGAUGAAGCUGCUCUGACUGUAAUGUGUCUCAGCAGCCAUGAGGUCUUCAUGAAACAGCAUGAUUCUUGACUACCGGGGCUGCCCUUAAAUAUUUGUGAACUGAAUGUUUUCCUUAUCUGAGCCUCAUAUGUGAUGUCGUGUUUUACAGGAGUUUUUACAGACUUGGUCAUGUGGUGUUGUUUUGCUGCUGUAUUGACUUCAUUGUGGUUUUAUUGUGUUCAUUUACUGUCAUACUAUUGAUGGGUUUUGUAUUCAGUACAUUAAAGUAAAUACUGCUGCA